AUGAGUAUUAGAUCGCACAGUAGCACUAGUCUGCCCGAAGGUUUCACAGCCGCUGAUGGUUAUCGAACGUCCACAACAAAUAAGUCAGUACUCAUCAACACUCUGGCGAGGCUCUUUACACGUUAUCUGUCGGAAUGCAAGAUUCCUAAACAGUUGAAGACCAGCAAGACUGUGUUGCUGUAUAAGAAGGGAGAUCCACAUGACAUCGGCAACUAUCGCCCAAUCUGCUUACUGUCCGUCAUCUACAAGCUCUUUACAAGAGUGAUCCUUAACAGGAUUGAAAAAGUCUUGGAUGAAGGACAGCCAUGCGAGCAAGCAGGGUUUCGAAAAGGAUUCAGCACGAUUGACCACAUUCACACUGUUUCGAAACUCAUCGAGGUAUCACGAGAGUACAAGAUGCCGCUCUGUCUCACCUUCAUCGACUUUAAGAAGGCCUUCGACUCAGUUGAGACUGAAGCGGUCGUGGAAGCUUUGGACAACCAAGGCGUCCCUACUCAGUACAUAAAGGUACUUCGAGAGUUGCACAGUAACUUCACGACCGGAAUUUCGCCAUUCUACAAGAACAUCAUCAUUGACGUGAAGAGGGGGGUCCGAUAG